GAAAGAUGAGUAAUGACCGACAGGAGAGCGGAUAUUAGAAGAGCUAGGAGACCCACAGGAGACCAGGCGGUCAUGAGCAAUUAAUGAACAACCGACACGAACUGGACACAAAUUAGGUCAAAUGCAAUUAGGCGGAUAUGAGUUUGAUGAUGUCCGGUAUGAGGGAGAGAUUGAUGGCCAUGAGCGUAAUGGGAAAUCGAAACAACAUGAGGAAUGGCGACGAAGGAAAUCAGGAGGAAAAACCAUGCAGAGAGAGAGUGUUGAACAAGAAAAGCGAAAGUGAACCAGGUAGAAGGAGCAGAAUCCAGGAUAAUGGGUCGUCGACAGAAGAAGAAGAGCAGAACAUACGACACGGAAAUUACCCGUAUGUGCCACAUGACCCGGAAGAAAAUUAUUGA